AUGACUCAAGCCAAGCGGGACGAACUCUUGAGGUUACCAUCAUCAAUAGUUGCACUGGAGACUGCUAUUCGAGGCGUACUUGUGCAGCUAGGAAGUACUGAAUUUCAAAACCUUAAGGAUGCAAAAGACCCAAAAGCACGAGUCCUAAUCCGUAUCCGGCUGGCGAAGAUGAAGUUAUAUGAGGCAAAAGUUGGGAUUAUGGUUGCACAGGAACGUUGGGACAGGGGCGGAUGGGGUACAAAUAAUCAGCAAGGACUAAAAAAGACGAUGACUAAAAAGCAACUUAUGUUCAAGCAAAAAUGGACGUUGUUCAAAGGCCAAAUUGACCAUUACAAUGGGAUCAUUCGGGGAAGGGGGACCAAACUAAAAUGUCCAUUGCUCGAUGAGGCAAAGAAAUUGGAUUUCGAGGAUUCCUUUUGGAGUCUUGGCCCACUGUCUCACCCAUCGGAAAGAUGGGCUGUCGACGCUGAGACUCGACAGAUGGUACUUGCAGCAUUAGAAAUCGAGCAGAAGUUGGAUGAAUUGUUGGCUCGAUGCCAUGGUGAAUGGGAAGAUGACAAUCAAGGUAAGGACUUGAUUGACUUGGUUGCACCUGGGCAGCGUAUCUCCAAAGACGUGUGGAAGGUGAACGUUGGGGUUUUGAGAGCGUUACAUAACAAUCUUCGCCAACAUCAUUGUCGGACUUGGAUGAUUUGGGAUGCCGAUAUCGCUGGCCUGCUUCGAAGUACAGUCAAAUAUACUCAAUCAACAACCGUUCAAGAGACUGAAGCCUUGAUUAAUCGUUGGAACGGGCUGGUAGAACGGGGAAGGAAGACUUGGGAACAUAUUGUGAUGGCCAAGAGUGUUCAAGCCACUGCGCUUGAUGACCUAGAAAUAGUGGAGCAGCACAUGUUCUUUGCAGAUGAAGGUGAAGGUCACGAUGGUCAGCCAAUGGAUGAUAUUGAUUUAGAUGAUGAUGAAAGUGUUGUAGAUGAUAAUGAAAAUGAGAGCGGAGACGAAUCGAUGUGA